ACUCAGACCACGUGAUUUCUGGGAACCGCUCCUCCCUGGAGGAGAACUGAAACUUAGGGUGGGGACUGUAGAAAGGGGUGGAGACAUCAGAAAGCCUUUUAGCCGAGAACCGAGCUGAGGCUGAGUGAAUACUGGACAUACCGGACUGUAGCUCAGAAUGGCAUCAGGCAAGCCACGCUGUACCCGAAAGCUCCGGGAAUGGGUGGUGCAGCAAGUGGAGAGUAGGCAGUUCCCAGGGGUGUGCUGGGAAGAUGCAGCCAAGACCAUGUUCCGAAUUCCCUGGAAGCAUGCAGGCAAACAGGACUUCCGGGAAGACCAGGAUGCUGCCUUCUUCAAGGCUUGGGCAAUAUUUAAGGGAAAGUACAAGGAGGGGAACAUAGGAGGCCCUGCUGUCUGGAAAACUCGCCUACGCUGUGCCCUCAACAAGAGUCCUGAAUUUGAGGAGGUUCCUAAGAGAGGCCGUAUGGAUGUUGCUGAGCCCUACAAAGUAUAUCGGCUGCUGAAACCAAGAACCCUCCCUGCCAAGUCAGGAAUCCAGAACUCCUCAUCCAAGCAAUCCUUCAGUUCUGUGUCACCCAAGAGGGAAGAGAAUGUGGGCAUCAAGAACUGCACGCUCAGUUAUUCCUGUCCUCACGACUCCCCUGAUAAUGAGGAGGUGAGGGCCAAUGGGGUCACAGACCACUCAGACAGUGGGAACAGCAGCAGUCCUGAACCACAGGAAGUUACUGUCAAAACUGAAGCCACCAUUCAAGAGGACCCAGUGUCCAUGGAACAUCCGCUUCCUCUGAACUCAGACUACUCACUGCUGCUCACCUUCAUCUACUGUGGGCGCGUGGUGGGUGAGGCCCACGUGCACAGCCUGGACUGCCGCCUUGUGGCUGAACCCUCCGGCUCCGAGAGCAGCAUGGAGCAGGUGGUGUUUCCCAAACCUGAUCCACUGGAGCCCACCCAGCGCCUGCUGAGCCAACUUGAGAGAGGUAUCCUGGUAGCCAGUAACUCCAGAGGCCUCUUUGUACAGCGUCUUUGCUCCAUCCCCAUCUCGUGGAAUGCACCUGAGGCCCCACCUGGGCCAGGCCCACAUCUACUGCCCAGCAAUAAGUGUGUGGAGCUCUUCAGGACUACCUCUUUCUACAGAGAUUUGGUCCGGUACUUCCAUGGCCAAGGUCCCCCACCCAAGUUCCAGGCCACAUUGCAUUUCUGGGAGGAGAUUCCUGGCUCCAACCAUACACAACAGAAUCUUAUCACAGUGCAAAUGGAACAGGCCUUUGCCCGAGAUUUACUGAAGGAGAUUCCAGAGGAGCAGGCAGCUGCUUUGUUCCUGGUACAGAGCCCAGAACACUCACCUGCCACUUUACCUCUCUGUUCCUCUGGUCUCCGUUGAAGUAGACUCAUUCUCCACACUGUUGGUCACCUUCCUUUGGGAUGAUUCUCAUCACUGUCUCUGGCUUAUGUGAGACUCACGCAACCUGUGACAGAGAAAGCAAGGAUAAUUUUUAUCCUUUAAAAGCAUUUGGUGGGGGAGGUGCUGGAUAGAUAGUUCAGCAGUUAAGAGCACUGGCUGCUCUUGUAGAAGACCCAUGUUCGAAUCCCAGCACCCACAAGGUGGCUAACAACUGUCCAUAACUCCAGUUUCUGGGGACCUGACGCCCUCUUCUGGC